AUGACCGUGGAUCACUCUCAAUUGGACCAAUCCACAAAUUACAUGGGUAAAGAUUGUGUAGUUGUUGGGAAUGGUCCUCCUUUGCAGCACUUGGCUCCCAGUCCAUCUCCUUCUGAGCCCAGUACAGAUUCCACACCUACUGCAGUGAUUCCGUUGGGCACUCACCCUAUGUUCACGAGAGCUAAAGCUGGCAUUUUCAAGACUCGUCAUCCAGCAAAUCUUAGUUUCUUGGGUACUUCUGGUCUUCUUCCGGCUCUCCUUGCAUCGACUAAGCCUAAAGGUUUCAAAUAUGCUGCUAAGAAUCCUAAUUGGCUUGCUGCCAUGGAUGAAGAAAUUCAUGCACUGAAGAAUAAUCAUACAUGGGUUUUGGUCCAUUGGCCUGCCAACACCAACAUUGUGGGCUCCAAAUGGGUUUUAUGGACCAAAUACUUUCCCGAUGAAUCUGUUGAGCGCCUCAAAGUCCGUCUUGUUGCCAAGGGUUAUACACAGAAAUGGCCUAUUCGUCAACUUGAUGUCAAGAACGUGUUUCUCAAUGGUACUCUUAUUGAUCAAGUUUAUAUGGAGCAGCCUCCAGGCCUUGUUGACACAUCUCUUUUUAUCUAUUAUCAGAAGUCAAAUAUUAUAUAUUUGCUUCUUUAUGUUGAUGACAUCAUUAUUACAGACAACAAUUAUUCACUUCUUGACAGCUUCACUUGUAAACUCAAUUCUAAGUUUGCCACUAAGGACUUGGGCUCUCUAAGCUAUUUUCUUGGUCUUAAAGCUACUCCAACUUCUGACGGUCUCUUCAUCAAUCAGCUCAAAUAUGCACGGGAUAUUCUUUCUCGAGUUCAAUUACUUGACAGUAAGCCUGUCCACACUCCCAUGGUUAUUUCUCAGCCUCUGUCUACCGAUGGCUCUCUGUUUUCCGACCCUACUCUCUACAAAUCUCUUGUCGGUACACUCCAGUACUUGACCAUCACACGGCUCGACAUUGCUCAUGCUGUCAACUCUGUCAGCCAAUUCUUGCAUGCCCCCAUUGAAGAUCACUUUCUGGCUGUUAAGUGCAUCCUCCUCUAUGUUAGAGGCACCAUUCACUUUGACUUAACUUUUUGCCCAUCCUCUUCUCUUGGUGCUCUUGUUGCCUAUUUUGAUGCUAAUUGGGCCGGCUAUCCUGAUACUCGCCGUUCGACCUCUGGUUACUCUAUCUAUUUAGGUGAUAACUUGGUUUCCUGGCGUGCUAAGAAACAGCCGACUGUCUCUUGUUCUAGCUGCGAAUCUGAGUAUCGUGUCCUUGCCUUCACUAUUGCUGAACUCAUUUGGCUCACACAUCUCCUGCGUGAUCUCUAG